AUGUCACUCAGGUCAUCACUUAUAAGUUAUCGCCAUCAUAUAAUACAUGGAAGGCAACAUCAACAACAACCACAACAGCAACAACAACAGCAACAACAACAACAUAGUGGAAAUAAUAUAAUGCAGUUGGGCGACUCAAUAUACUGUGCCAGCAUGUCAUCGGAUAAAGGUAGCAGCAGCAGUAGUAGUAAUAAUAAUAAUAAUAAUAAUAAUAUUAAUAAUAGUGGAGGUGGAAAGAAACAUGUACAGCAUGGAAAUAAUAAUUAUAAUCAGAAUGCCAACGAUACGGCAUCAGAAGAGGAGGUCACAGCGACGAUAUAUCAAAAGUUGAACUUUCUCAAGACUUCAGAGUUGUCAGACUCAACGACAUUGCAUCAACUUAGGUUCGAAGACUUUAGUAAUCAAUUACCUGAUAUAGAACAAUCAUUGGAAAAGGAGUUGGACGAUAAUGCUGAUGAUGAGAAUGACGAUGAUCAAGAUGGAAUGGUGGGACUGGAACAUGACGAAGAAUACAAGAGAAUGAAUAUAUUUCAAAGACUAUGGACCAAGUUCAAAACAAAGACUCGAUCAAGCUACAACACAUCAACAGCAUCACAUGUGGACCUCGAGAACCCCAUGGUCUGGAGCGACAAGCCCUUGAUUAAUGCAGACGAACAAACAUUGAAGAAGAGCGAUAGGAUGUUCAAUAGAUACACACUUAGACUGCAUCCUUAUAGGCUGGAACAGGAAUACUUGCAGGUGCACUUUGCCAAGCAGAUGAUGUUGCUGAGGAUGACCAAUCUGAUCGGUAUACUGGCAGUGUCUUAUGGAAUAUUCAAAGUCAGCGUGUUCAUGUUGCUGGCCGUAAGAAUAUUCUGCUUCAACGUGUUUGCCUUCUCAUUGUUCCUCAGCUUCCUGUCCAACAAACGAUAUUACAUGCAUACGUACCAUCCACUGUUCCUAUUCAACUUCACUACGCUGUUCCUAUCCAUUCUGCUCGAGUACCAUAAUGCCACGAUCACAUUCAUCAUCUUCCUGUAUAGUGUUGUAUUCAGCUGUCUAUACUCACUUGGCUGUCUACUCUUUGUAUGGAUGGUGCUACUCAACCUUGUACAUGCGGUCCUCUUCAUAUUCUUCCUCCUGAUGCAGUCCAGUCUUGACACGCCCAACCUAAUAUCCUUCAUCCUCUACGUCCUAACCAUCUUCCUAGUUGGUGCCACACAUCUUUACAUCUUGGAGAAGUCCAGGAAAGAGAGCUUUGUGGAUAGCAAGAGACUUCAAAGAAAGACUGAAAGACUGAAGGUGGAAAAGGAGAAGACUGAACAGUUGUUGGCCAAUAUAUUACCAGAGUUUGUGAUCAAGAUGAUUAACGAACAUUCGACAACGAGGACUAUUAGGGCUGGCCGCGCCAAUACCAUUAGUAGUAGAGAGGAGGCUGCAUCAACAGUCACCACAUCCAAGCAGAUAUCAGAGCCACCUCCACCCAUUGCCAAGCACUUCCCAAACUGCUCGAUACUGUAUUGCGACAUUGUUGAGUUCACCACAUUGGCGUCGAGGGUCGAGGCCGAGCAGCUGGUCAGACUGUUGAAUGAGGUGUUCACUGAGUUUGAUCGUGUUGUCGAACUACAUCACUGCGAGAAGAUCAAGACUGAUGGUGACUCAUACGUGUGUGCCGGUGGACUGACCAUCGAGAACACCCAACACUUCAAGGCCAUAGUCGAGGUUGCCUCGGACAUCCUCAGGUUGCCUAUCCUCACAUCAAACUGUCUAAACGUCCAGAUCAAGCUACGUGUUGGAGCUGCCACUGGGUCAGUCAUUGGUGGAGUGAUUGGAUGUGAGAAGUUCCAGUUUGAUGUGUGGGGCGAAGCCAUCGCCAUUGCGCAUACCCUGGAACAGAAUGGCACACCAGGCAAGAUACACUUGUGUGAGAAGCAUCUGGAGAAACUGCCUGUAGACGCCAAUUAUGGAACGAUUGAAGAGAACUCUGAUUGUCGUCUGGACUUCAAGACUGUGUUGUUGUCACCACAUCCAGUGGACGAUGCCAAGUUACAAGAGUCUACCGACCCCGCCAACAACACCACCGCACUUGGAGUACCCAACGCAACAUCACUCAAACAAUCUGGCAGUGCAGGUGGCGGCAGUGGCGCUGCUGGCGCUGGAUCAGUCAAACCAAGGACCAAGUCCAAAGCAAAGUCGGACUUAUGGAACAAGAACGACUCAAUGGUGCACAUACUCAUGGUUCCCUUCAAGCAUGGUAACUCAAUCUUCUUCAAAGAUACCGAGAAGUCGCGCAGCAGGGGUCUGUUCUCGGAGGACAUGAGUGGGGUGGACCGUUGCUUCAAGGAGUACACCAACUUCAAUCGCGUGGCCGUCAAGUUCAGGAACCCCAGAGUGGAGAGCGCGUAUCAGAGAUAUGUGUUGGACAAGACUGUUGUGGAGACCAAGCUAUUCCUUCUGAUGGGCAUGAUGCUACACGCCGAGUUCUUCUUUGACGACUACAUAAUGCAGUCGCGACCAAUACUCAACGCCACCAACAUCUACAUUGGAGUGGGCCUCUUCUUUGCCAUCUUCAUGAUGCUGUCCUUCACCCGCCUAUUCAAGAUUGGCAUCGUAUACCAACUUAGUUUCUUCUUCAUGACCAUGUUAUUUGGAGUUGGUACCAUUCUAGAGUUGAUGCGCUAUGGCAACCCACUGGCACGCUCAUCCAUGAUCCGUGUCACCAUGACCUUCCUCUAUGCCAACGUCUUCCACGCCAUGUCAUUCUUUGCAGAGUCCGUAGCCAACCUCACCCUUAUAAUCGUCUUCUUCCUGUGCAGUACAUUUGUGUCCACAUCGCUACCUGAACAUAUAUUCCUUACGGACUACAUUGGAAUCGUCCUUAUUCCACUCAUCCAACUAUGUUCAAGUUAUGGAAUGAAGUUGUUGUUGCGCAAGGCAUGGGUAAUCAAGUCCAACGUCAAGUUCAAAGGUCUGAUCAUUCAAAAGGAGCGAGAGAAGUCAUCCAAACUACUCGAGAACAUUCUUCCUACAUCAAUCUCUGAGAAACUACUGGCAAGAGAGGGAAGAGGAAGAGGCAAUGGAAAUGGCAUGUUGAUCGCACAGAAUUAUAGCCAUGUCGCCAUUAUGUUUAUUAAUAUCACUGGAUUCGAGAAGUUGCCAACGAUGGGCGCAUCAGUGAUGGUGUCCUACAUGAACUAUAUAUUCUCAAUACUGGAUGCACAAUUGUCCAAGUUUGGGAUGGAGAAGAUUAAGACCAUUGGUACGACAUACAUGCUGGCGUCCGGCCUGCAGACCUCUGGUCAGCUGCCACUCCAACACCCAAAGAUGUUCUUGGCCAAUGCCGCCAACAUGGCACUCACCGUCAAGGAGUAUGUCAUGCGUCUGGAUGAGCAUCUCAAUGUGCAGGUGGGCAUCAGCUUCGGACCAUGUGUGGCCGGAUGCAUUGGACUUAAGCGCGCCAAGUUUGAUGUGUGGGGCGACACUGCCAACACAGCAUCCCGCAUGCAGACGUCGGCCCCGCCAGGCAAGAUACAGGUGACCAAAGAGGUGAGCCGGAUACUCAGGAAGGGCUUCGUCCUCGAGGAGCGAGGUGUGAUCCGUGUCAAAGGCAAGGGAGACAUGACGACAUUCUACCUUGUGGAGAAGAGGGAGCCCGUCCAAACGCCAUCCCCCUCAUCACUCACCAUCGACACCUCCAUCAGCAUCUCAAGCGACAGUCUACAGCAGCAAUCACAACAACUCAUUCAAGUGUCCUCAGAGUCAGUGCAGCAGCCUCAAGUAGUUCGUACUCAAGCUGAUAUGUUGUUGGAUGUUCGUUGCCAAGUAUGUGAUUAUGAGCCUGCCACUGUGAUGCCAAUUGACAAUGGUAUCAGUGAGGUAGACUCCCACAAGCAUAGUGUAGACUGUCUUGACAAAGAAGUUGUUGCUGUUGAGGACAAUGUAGACGCAGCAGCAGACAUGGUAACAGGGGCGGACAUAGAGCUGGUGAAGUGA